GAAAAUGCCGUCGUUUUCACAGGUAAUCGUGCAUUCAUUCUAAUGUUGUUUUUGUAGCACACCUUUUUGUUCAACGUCGCGCGGGAGGUUCUUUCAUUUCUCAUUUUUUCUACGACUCGCACACAUAAAUUUCUCAAAUGGCGGUUUCUUCUUCGGUGUCAGAGCUCUGUAUACAAUUAAUUUCUUCUGCAUUCCAAAGAUGCCGUGUAUCUGACGAUAUUUGUAGACUCUCUGUUCUUCUCAAAUCAUCUCCAGCUUCUGAUCUUCCCAUUAUUCAAAUUUCGAUUUCUGAUACUGGCAUUGGAAGCAGCUUGGAAGAGUUUCAGAACCUGAGGUGCAGAAUGGAAGCCAUUAAUGCCGAAAUAUGGGAUGGAUUGCUUUCUGUAACGACUACCAGCUUUUGUGAUAAUGAGGUGUAUCAUUACCUUUUAAAUCUAAGAGAAACCAUUUCUAGCAGAAGACUGACUCGGCUACCUUCAAAUCCAAAGAAUGGCACAAAAUUCAGUGGGACUGAAGCACGUCUAUCCAUUUCUGAGAGACUUGAUAUUUUAGUGUCACAGAUCAAUUGCUUCUUUCACAAGAUUCUCAUUCUAAAGAUCUCUAAUGUUGCAAUUGAAAUGGUGGUUGAACGCGAGGAUGUCCCUGGAUCACACAGUGAACAUUUCUUUCUAGCAGAUGACAGCUAUCCCUUGCCUUUUUCAAUAUCAAAUGUUGAGCAUCUGACAUCUGGUCUUGAAGAUUAUGUUUUAAAGCAUGGACAUAUGUUAAAUCAAACUUGUAAUUCAUGCUUUCCAACUGGGGAAAAUCUUAAGGUUGGGAAUGGAACAGCAUGCAGCCUGGAAAGCCAUAGGAGUUCUGGACCUGGACUGAUGAUGGAAGUGGUAAUUAUAAUAAGUGAGUUAGAGCCAACCUGCCCUUCAUAUGGGAAAUGCAGCUCAAAAACAGAUGUCUUGUAUUUUGAAGAUUUCAAACCUUGUCCAAUUUCUGAAUCCCUCCAAAAUGCAUUGACUAGCAUUGACUGGAAAAGUUAUGGAUUAACUUUAGGGAACAAUGUGGAUGAAGGAGGUAACUUGCCAAUAGGGGCAAACUUACCAGCUCAUACUCGUAUGGUUAUGGUCCUUCACUGCUACCAUAAGCAGGAAGUAAUAUCGCCAUCAGCAAGGCCUAUGACUCGAACUAAUCGUCAUCUUAUAAAAAGGGCUGUUAAACUUGCAUUAGAUGAUUUGAAGGAGAAACAUGCCGGAAUUCUUGUAAGUGAAAAUGCCAUCAAGGUUCGUAGUUAUGCUCCUGACCUUGCAAGAUCCAUUGCGGGUCUUGUGUUGUCAUCUAAUGAUCCAGACUUUCAAGAAGAAUGUUUUUCUCUUCUUGGUUUGCAAUCAAGAGAAAUUAGAGGAGAAACUGUUGAAGAAAUUAUUAAGGAGAAAAUCAUUUCAAUUAUAGAUGUGAAUGAUAAAAAAUCUCAGAGAAGCAAAGAUGUGGCAGUGGCACCUCUUCUUUUCGAAGGAGACUGCUUCUGGAAUUCGAACUCUCAAGAUAUGGAAUUCGAGGAAGUUGAAUGUGUCGAUUUCUAUGAAUACGACGAUCCAUUUGGGAUUUGCUUUCUUCGGUAGUGAGAAGUGCUUUUGAGUUUCCAAAAUCUGGAAUGUUCCUUAGUGGGCCCCGAUUGAGAAAUUUAUCGCCAAGAUCGAUGGUUCUAGGCACGAUGCGAUGGUCCAGCUCCAUUCCCAUCAGGAAGCUAAAAGAAAGUUAUGUAUGUAUGUAUGUGUAUAUUUUCUUAUCUCGUCUUGCGGUAUUCGUGGUCCGAGAAAUUCAACAAGAUCAGGACAUAAUAAAAUAAAUUAAUUCAACCAUAUAUAUGUAUAUUAUAAAAGUUAAUUAUAUAUUUCAAGCUUAAAAAGUUAUUUAUACACCCUUUUGUCCACACUGUACGUAUUUAGUGUGAAGUUACGACACAACGACAAAACAAGGCCAAGCAUAUCUAGCUAGCCUCCAAAAACGAGAAAAAAAAAGUAAAACAAAAGAUAUAACUAUAUAUAAAUUAA